AUGAAACGGUUCGGAUUGAUCUGUACUGUAUUACUUGCUGGUUUAUCUGGCAACGUAGGCAAUGAAAGCCGGAGGAUUGAUAUUGCGUUUUACGACAUACGAACGAAUCGCACAUUUAAAUAUCCAACAGUUGCAUUGCGCCCGUUUGCACUGAAUCAACCCAAAUUUAUGAUUCGGGACAAUCGCUGUGAGUGCGAAGAAUUGGCUUGUAUGUGUUGCAUGGGAAUACGCAUGGAAAAGAUUAAUUUCGAUCGAAAGUUUUGCUCCUCCUUCACUUACGUGCCGUACGAUUUUGCCAUCGAUAUGGAAGUGUUUAUGGACAAUUCGUCGAUCUACAGAAAUUCACUGUCGGCUAAGAAUCCUCCGCCCUUAUGUUUACCGGUUCCUGUUCCGUACAUACCGUUGAAUGCAAACCUUUGCCUGAAGCUGUUCGACAUCUAUACGCCGCGGCAAAAUCUGCACAUGUGCCUGGACGUGGAGGCACGCGUAUGGACCAAUCCACUGCUCAUACUGCAUUUCGAAUGUAUGCGCAUGGGAGUGGAUGGGUUGCUGUGGCUGAAACCAACGGAUGGAGACGGAUUCGAGCAAAUGCCGGAGGAACAUAUCGACACCUACGACGAAGUGACGGAAGAAAUACUCGGUUCUGUUUAG